AUGGUGAUGCCCGGGGGCGGGCGGGGCGGGGGGGGGCGCGGCGGAAGGGGAAGAGGGAGGGGGAGAGGAAGCCCCCCCGAUGCGUUCGCGCUAGGCGGAGAGGAGCGGCUUCAGAAAUUCUUGAGUCACGCGGGCUUGGACUCACGGCGGCAAUGCGAGCAGAUGAUCUUGGAUGGGCGAGUGAGGGUAAAUGGGAAGAUGGUCAAGGAGCUCGGGGUUAAGGUGAACCCCCGAAGGGACCAGGUGCACGUGGACGGCAAUCGCGUGUCCAUGCGCCCCGACUCCGAGAUCAAGUGGGUCGCGCUCAACAAGCCCAAGGGUGUCAUCUGCACCGUGUCGGACGAGCUCGGGAGGCCCACCGCGGUCGCCUCCAUCCCCCGGGGCUUGGAGAUGAGGCUGGUGCCGGUGGGCCGGCUCGAUCGAGAUAGCUGCGGCCUCCUGCUGCUGACCAACGAGAACUCUUGGAUCAACCCGCUGACGCACCCCUCGUACGGACACGAGAAGACCUAUCGCGUUGCCCUCACGUCCGGAUACCCUACCACUGAGGAGUGGGAUGUUCUAACCCAGGGCAUGCUUCUGGACGGUGAUCCGAAUCCCACUCGGCCGUGCAUAGUGGAGGUGGUGAACUACGAUCGCCGGACGAGGGUGACGACCGUGGACAUCAUCAUCCGAGAGGGCAAGAACAGGCAGAUCCGCCGCAUGUUCGAGGGCAUUGGACACGAGGUCAAGUCCAUCACGCGCGUGUCUCACGGCCCGAUCAGGCUCAAGAACUUGAGACCGGGGGAGUGGCGAGAACUCGAACAGUGGGAGAUCGAGAAGCUGAAGAACUUGACGACCAAGACACUCAAGAGCCCCGCGAAGCAGCUGGCCCCUACCCCUACAAGGGCGGAGGGUCGACAUCGGCAGGCCGCGGCGGCGGGAAGAAUGUCGUCGCGGAUGACGUCACAGCAGCAGUACCACGGCUCGGAGUACCGCAGAGACGCGUUGGACGAGGAGGAGGACGAGUGGAAUCAGGUGGGAGCGUGGGAUAGAAGCGGGGUCCGAAAGGCGGUCGCGCCGUCCGCUCGGGCGGGGGCUCCGGCAACGACGGCGUCAGCAAGGGGGGGGGGUACCCCGCCGCAAGGAGAACCCGCCUUCUUUGACGACGACGAUCACGAGUGGCAGACGGCCUCCUGGGCACGAAAGGACGAGAAGGAGCCGACUCGGCAAGGCACGGGGAAGGGCAGCAGGUCGAGUAGCGGGAAGCGCAAGGCGAGGGUGAACGAGGGGGACCGCAUACUGGAGAGGAUCAAGAAGGGGGACGUGAAGCUGGAGGCUCCCGCGUGGGAGGGCGGCGGGAGGGUGGACAGGGACAACAGGUCGAACGCGUCGAGGAAGAAGGGCUGGCCCUCCUCGCGGAAUCGUUGA